AUGACCACCACAAACUGGGGCAAGUUCGUCUUGCUCCUGUGGAAAAAUUGGAUCAUUACGAAACGACACUAUCUUCAAACAUUCUUCGAAAUAGCCAUUCCUAUCCUUGCCUGCAUUCUGUUAAUCAUAAUUCGUGGCUUAGUCGAUUCGGAUGAGUUUGACGAACCGACUGUAUUUAAUCCACUCGAACUGAACACUAUUUCACACCUCAGAAACAAUCCAGAAAUAGAACCUCCGAUCAUAUACGCGAUCGCAUACUCACCCCAAAGCCCUUUGCUGCAAAGCGUGGUAGAACGAUCAGUUUUCUAUCUGGAUGAAACGCUAGAGGUAUUAGCCUUUGCCAAUGCACAGUUGAUGCAGGCUCAUCUGCAGAUUAACAAUGUGUUGGUUGGCAUUGAAUUUCCGGACGCUUACGCAACCCUAUCACAGCUGCCAGAUCAAACAAUUCUAUCCCUGCGAUAUCCGAGCGAGAUGCGAACGUUCCGUGAAACAGGUUCCGAAUUCUGGAACAAUUGGCAAACGGAGCGUCUCUUUCCCCAAUUUCAAGUUCCGGGUGCACGUCAGUACGAGCGUGACGAUGGUGGUUAUCCAGCGAACUACUACAACGAAACCUUCCUUCAAGUGCAGAGUGCCAUUUCACGAUCCAUCCUGCAGGAACGCGAUCCCAACUACCAAUUUCCCGAUAUGUACCUCAGCCGCUACCCGUAUCCUCCCUUCUACAGCGACGUCUUACUAACCGGACUGGAGAAUCUGCUCCCCUUGAUCAUUGUAAUCGCAUUCUUCUACACCUGCAUCAACACCGUCAAGUACAUCACUGUCGAGAAGGAACGGCAGCUAAAGGAAGCGAUGAAAAUUAUGGGUCUUUCCAGCUGGCUGCACUGGACCGCUUGGUUCGUCAAGUGCAUCAUCUUGCUCAUCAUUUCCAUCUCCAUCCUAACGGUGCUGCUGUGCGUCAGCAUCACGAGCAACACCGAUUUGGCCAUCUUUACCUUUGCCGAUUGGUUCGCCAUCUGGUUCUACCUCUUCAUCUACAGCCUUGCCACGAUCACGUUCUGCUUUAUGAUGAGUACCUUCUUCUCGAAGGCAAACACCGCGUCCGGUAUUGCUGGUCUAAUGUGGUUUGUGUUUGUGAUGCCGUACAACAUUGCCUUCUCCAACUACGACACGAUGUCACUGUCGGCAAAGUUGGCCCUCUGUCUGUUUCACAAUUCCGCCAUGUCGUUCGGAUUUAUGCUAAUUAUGCGUCACGAAGGUACUACCAACGGGUUGCAGUGGUCGAACAUGUUCGAUCCGGUCACGGUGGAUGAUGAUCUGAGCGUUGGUGCAACCAUGAUGAUGCUGCUAGCCGAUACGGUAAUCUAUCUCGUGAUUGCCCUCUACGUGGAGAAGGUAUUCCCGGGCGAGUACGGUGUUGCGGAACCAUGGUACUUCCCGGUGACUAAGAAAUUUUGGACCAAUAAAGUAACACCAGUUGAUGCUGCGGAUAGUGCCGAACAGCCCGACGCAAACAGCAACAGCGUAGAGCCUGAACCGAUCGGCAAGUAUGCGGGCAUUCGGAUCAAAGGUUUGCGGAAAGUGUUCAACAAGACGAAGGUUGCGGUUAAGGGACUCCAUUUGAGUAUGUUCGAGGAUCAGAUCACGGUACUGCUGGGACACAACGGAGCUGGCAAAACGACCACAAUGUCUAUGCUGACCGGUGUAUUCUCGCCCACGUCUGGUACGGCACUCAUCAACGACUGUGACAUCCGCACGAAUAUCGAGGGUGCACGAAAGUCGCUUGGUCUUUGCCCGCAGCAUAACGUCCUGUUUAAUGAGAUGACCGUUUCGGAGCACAUUAAGUUCUUUGCCCGGCUAAAGGGUGUCGAGAGUAAGAACAUUCCGCAGGAAAUUGAUCACUAUGUGUCGGUGUUGCAGCUGGAAGAUAAGCGACACUCCCAGAGUCACACACUUUCUGGUGGUAUGAAGCGAAAGCUGGCUGUCGGUGUUGCACUGUGCGGUGGGUCUAAGGUGGUAUUCUGUGAUGAGCCAACGUCUGGUAUGGAUCCGACAGCACGGCGUGCGCUGUGGGAUCUGUUGAUACAGGAAAAACGUGGCCGCACAAUUCUACUUUCCACUCACUUCAUGGAUGAGGCGGACAUACUGGGUGAUCGUAUCGCGAUCAUGGCGGAUGGCGAACUGAAAGCAGCUGGUUCGUCCUUUUUCCUCAAGAAACGUUUUGGUGUCGGAUAUCGGUUGAUUUGCGUCAAGGAUGAUAGUUGUGACUCGACACGUGUUACCGAUCUGAUGCGAAGACACAUUCCCAACAUUGAAGUUGAUACGGACAUCGGUACAGAGCUCUCGUACGUGCUAGACGAUAAUUUCACUGCCCUCUUUCAACCGCUACUACAGGAUCUUGAGAGCAACUCGAGCUCGAUCGGUAUAAGCAGUUACGGCAUAUCGUUAACAACACUCGAGGAGGUGUUCCUGCGCGUCGGCAGUGACUCGCACGCCUUGGACAAAAAACCCACCCCAUCCGAUCCGGCCCGUCCAUUUGUCCUCGAACCCUCGAACGGUUCUACCAUCACGCUAACGCUCGAACAGGACCAAAAGCUACUAACCGGCUUUCCGUUGCUUUCCAACCAACUGUUGGCGAUGUUGCUCAAGAAGGCGAUCGCUACCAAGCGCAGCUGGAUCGCAUUGCUCGUACAGAUCUUCAUACCGAUCUUCUUCGUGAUCAUGACCGUCGUCAUCGUGCGCUCGUUCCCGGACUCCCUCGCACUGCCUCCACUGACGAUCGAUUUUGACAGUUACGCCACCACCGUCACCGUGCUCGAAGGAACUUCCGGUGAUACGAGUGUGAUACAGGCCUAUCAGCAGCUGUUCGAAGGGACCGGCUCAAGUCGUUCGCUGCUAACGAUUACGGAACCGAUGGUGGAUUACAUUCUACGCCGAUAUGAACAGAAUUUGCCGCAGGUGAACAAUGAGUUCAUGGUGGGUGCAUCAAUCACAUCGACCAAUCAUACCGUUUGGUUCAACGCACAAGGAUACCACACUGCACCGCUGGCCGUCAACACGUUCUACAAUGCGAUGCUGCGUUCGGUCUGUGCGCAGUGUUCGAUACUGAUCACCAACCAUCCACUUCCGUUCCGACCUGAGACAAGGUUCACCCAAUUGCAGGCAGGUAACAACAUGGGAUUCCAGCUCGCUUUCAAUACAGGUUUUGCAAUGGCAUUUGUGGCCGCGCUCUACAUCAUGUUCUACAUCAAGGAGCGUGUGACUCGGUCAAAAUUGCUCCAGUUUGUAAGUGGUGCCAACGUGCUCGGAUUCUGGCUGAUAUCAUUCCUUUGGGAUUUCAUGACAUUCUUCGUGACGGUUAUGUUUUACGUUGCGGUACUGGCAGCGUUCCAAGAGGAUGGAUGGGCCACUGGUGACGAGAUAGGUCGGGUAAUUUUGGUAAUGGUCGUGUUUGGCUUUGCCUUCCUGCCCCUCACAUAUCUCUUCUCGUUCGCGUUCGAUAUACCGGCGAGCGGGUUUGUCAAGGUGAUGAUCCUCAACAUCUUUACCGGUACGAUCUUCUUCAUGACCGUGUUUCUACUCCUGUUUGAUGGGUUCGAUCUGACGCACGUUGCCGAGGGCAUGGAAUGGGGCUUCCUGAUAUUCCCACUGUUUGCGCUAAGCCACUCGCUCAGCAAUAUGAACAUUGCGGUCGCCACACAGCAGGUGUGCGAUUCGCAGUGUGCACUAAUACCAAGCUGCACCCAGGAGUUGCUCUGUCAACUCUUCCCUCAGUGUUGCAAUACUGAAAUAUUUACCUUCGAGCGUACCGGGAUUAGUCGCAAUCUGAUGUACAUGUUCGUGGUUGGAUUGGUUUCGUUCCUGCUCCUAAUGUGCAUCGAGUAUCGUGUGAUUGAUCGUGUAUUUAAACGCAAAUCCAAACAAUCGGCCCCGCCAACCGAAGCGGACGACAUCGACUCAGACGUUCGCCUUGAAAAGUUGCGUGUCCGUGGCCUUACCGAGGGUGAAAUUGCAGCAAACAAUUUGGUGCUGCGGGACGUAACCAAGUACUACAAGAAGUUCCUCGCCGUCAAUCAACUGUCACUGGCAGUGGAACAUUCCCAGUGUUUCGGUUUGCUCGGUGUGAAUGGGGCCGGUAAGACGACCACCUUCAAGAUGAUGACGGGUGACGAAAACAUUUCCUUCGGUGAGGCAUGGGUCAACGGGAUCAGUUUGAAUAGCAACAUGAAUGAGGUCCACCGGCGGAUAGGUUACUGUCCACAGUUUGAUGCACUGAUCGACGAUUUAACGGGGCGCGAAACGUUAAGAAUUUUUGCCCUUUUGCGUGGUAUACCGAAGCCAGAAAUUACGGCCCUUUCGAACCGCUUGGCGGAAGAGUUAAACUUUGCCAAACACAUCGACAAGCAGACGAAGGCGUACAGUGGUGGUAAUAAGCGUAAGCUUAGUACAGCACUUGCACUGAUGGGUAAUCCGGCCGUUGUGUAUCUCGACGAACCAACCACCGGUAUGGAUCCAGGGGCACGUCGACAGCUAUGGGAUGUAGUGUGUAAAGAGCGAGCAGCUGGAAAAGCUAUCGUGCUAACUUCACACAGUAUGGAAGAGUGUGAAGCGCUCUGCACACGGCUAGCGAUUAUGGUGAAUGGAGAAUUUAAAUGUCUCGGCUCAACGCAGCACCUGAAGAAUAAGUUCUCCAACGGGUACUUCCUCACGAUAAAGUUGAAGCGCGUCGACGAACCCAACAGUGAACGUAUCGAGGAAGUUAAGCGGUACAUCGAACAGCGGUUCCCGGAGGCAGAAUUAAAGGAAGCGUAUCUCGAAUCGGUGACGUAUCAGAUCCCAUCAGCCAACACACGAUGGUCAACCAUGUUCGGCAUUAUGGAGGACGCCAAAAAGGUGCUCGACAUCGAGGACUACGCGUUGGGUCAAACGUCGCUCGAGCAAGUGUUCCUGUUCUUCACGAAAUUCCAGCGUGUCGAGGAUUAG